GAUGAUAAAAAGGUAAAACUUGCUGCCCUUGAGUUUUCAGAUUAUGCACUAAUAUGGUGGGAUGAGCUUGUGAAAUCUAGGAGAAGGAAUGGAGAGUUACCCAUUGCUAGUUGGGAUGAGAUGAAGCGAAUCAUGAGGAAGAAAUAUGUGCCUACUUAUUACCAUAGAGAUCUCCAUCAUCAAUUGCAAAGAUUAACUCAGGGAUCAAAGUCUGUUGAUGAGUAUCAUAAGGAGAUGGAGUUGCUCCUGAUCAAAGCAAACAUAGUGGAGGAGGAAGACCAGACUAUGGCUCGUUUCUUUGGUGGUCUAAACAAGGAGAUUGCUGAUGUGGUUGAUUUGCAACCAUAUGUUGAUUUGGAAGACUUGGUGAACAUUGCAAUUAAGGUGGAAAGACAAAGAGGCCGAAAUAGAUGGGGGAGCAACAGGGCUGCUCAAAACUCCAACAGCAAAUGGGGUUCCAAAUGGAACACCAAGCCUGAUCCUAAAAGGUUUGAAAAGUCUUCAACUCAAAAAGGCAUGUUACCUUCCAAAGAAACAUCCAACUCUCAUGGUAAAAAUGAAUCAGCCCCUAAAUCAAAUAGAACUAGAGAUAUUCAGUGCUUUAAAUGUAAAGGGCGUGGGCAUUAUGCCAAUGAGUGUGCUAAUAAACGUGCUAUGGUAGUGAGGGGAGAUGAGAUAGUCUCCGAAAGUGAUUCUGAUUCUGAUGAAGUACCACCUUUAGAAGAUUGUUCUGAUGUAGAGAUAGAAGAGUAUCCUGUUCAAGGAGAGUCCUUAGUGAUAUUGCGUACUUUAAAUGUUUCUAUUAAAGAAGAGGGACUUGAACAGCGUGAAAACAUCUUUCACACUCGUUGUUUGGUUGGUGGUAAAGUCUGUAGCAUGAUAAUAGAUUCGGGUAGUCAAGUUAAUUGUGCUAGUACUAUUUUAGUUGAUAAAUUAGGACUAGAAACUAUUAAACACCCUAAUCCUUACAGACUUCAGUGGUUGAAUGAUAGCGGCGAGGCAAAGGUAACCAAGCAAUGUAAAGUGUCAUUUUCUAUUGGCAAAUAUGUAGAUGAGGUUACUUGUGAUAUUGUACCCAUGCAGGCUGGACACAUUUUGUUAGGUAGACCAUGGCAAUUUGAUAGGCGUGAGUUUGCGAAUGUAUUUCCUGAGGAGGUGCCAUCUGGGUUGCCACCCAUUAGGGGAAUAGAACAUCAAAUCGAUUUUGUUCCUGGAGCUCAGAUUCCAAACCGUCCAGCUUACCGUAGCAAUCCUGAGGAGACGAAGGAAUUGCAAAAGCAAGUUGAUGAGUUGCUAGCUAAGGGACAUAUCAGGGAGAGCCUUAGUCCAUGCGCAGUACCUGUUUUGUUGGUUCUAAAGAAAGAUGGAACAAUGCGAUUUAUUAUUAGUUCACGUGGAGUUGAGGUAGAUACUGAAAAGGUUAAGGGUAUCCAAGAAUGGCCUACACCUAAGAAUGCUAAUGAGGUGAGAUCCUUUCAUGGAUUGGCAAGCUUCUAUAGGAGGUUUGUUAGAGAUUUCAGCACUAUUGCUGCACCUCUAAAUGAGAUUAUUAAAAAGGCUGUUGGGUUUAAGUGGGGUAAAGAACAGGAACUUGCAUUUAACACAUUGAAAGAAAAACUUACUACCGCUCCUGUUUUAAGGUUACCUGAUUUUUCUAAAACCUUUGAAAUUGAAUGUGAUGCUUCUGGGAUUGGUAUUGGUGCUGUUCUUAUGCAGGAAGGCCGACCCAUAGCAUAUUUUAGUGAGAAGUUAGGUGGCGCACAAUUGAACUAUUCCACCUAUGACAAAGAGUUCUAUGCACUGAUUAGGGCUCUUGAAGUUUGGGAACACUACUUGCUGCCUAAUGAGUUUGUGAUUCAUACCGACCAUCAGUCUCUCAAACACUUGAAGGGACAAGGGAAGUUGAACAAGCGGCAUGGUAAGUGGGUUGAAUAUCUCGAAAUCUUUCCUUAUGUGAUUAAAUACAAGCAAGGUAAAGAGAAUGUGAUUGCCGAUGCAUUAUCUAGACGGCAUGAUGGGUUUCUUUUUAGGGGGAAACAAAUAUGCAUACCUAAUUGUUCAGUGCGUGAGUUGCUUGUUAGAGAAUCACAUUCAGGAGGAUUAAUGGGACAUUUUGGUGUGCAAAAGACUUUAGACAUGUUGAAUGAACACUUUUAUUGGCCUAACAUGCGAAAAUAUGUAGAGAAAAUUUGUGCUCAAUGCUUUGCAUGUAAACAGGCUAAAUCUAAGUCCUUGCCACAUGGGUUGUAUACUCCUUUGCCUGUACCUACUGAACCUUGGACUGAUAUAUCUAUGGAUUUUGUGAUAGGUUUACCUAGGACAAAAAGAGGUAGAGAUUCAGUGUUUGUUGUUGUAGAUCGCUUUAGCAAGAUGGCACAUUUUAUUCCAUGUCAUAAAACUGAUGAUGCAACGAACAUAGCUGAUUUGUUUUUCAGGGAAGUAGUCCGUUUGCAUGGUAUACCUAGGACUAUUGUUUCUGAUAGAGAUUCUAAGUUCCUUAGUCAUUUCUGGUGUGUUUUGUGGGGGAAAUUGGGUACUAAACUUUUAUUUUCUACUACUUGUCAUCCACAAACAGAUGGCCAAACUGAAGUUGUUAAUAGGACUUUAGGAACUAUGCUUCGUGCUAUUGUGGGUAGGAACUUGAAAACUUGGGAAGAAUGUUUGCCAUAUGUUGAAUUUGCUUAUAAUCGAGCAGUCCAUUCUUCUACUGGUUAUUCACCUUUUGAGGUUGUGUAUGGUUUUAAUCCAUUAACUGUACUAGAUUUAAUGCCUUUACCUUUGAUUUGGAUCCAUAUGCGAAAGGAAAGGUUUCCAACUCAAAGGAAAUCAAAACUCGAUGCACGAGGGGAUGGACCAUAUCAAGUGCUGAAACGGAUCAAUGACAAUGCAUACAUAAUUGAUCUGCCAGGUGAGUUUGAUUCGAGGACGAAUCCUUUUCAAGAGGGAGGGGAU